UCGAAGCACGAAGCGUCUCUGUCGCGGUUGUCGUGUUUGUUAUGGAAAUUUAUACGACUGCCCGUAUCUUUCAGACGUCUUCCCGGCUGUCUUGUCGCACCGUCAAGACCGUAACGCAGUGAUGUCGAGUGUUUGUGUUCUUCGAACGCCGAGAAGCAUUCUCCGCACGAAGUAUCGACUCUGAGCGGCUUCAACAUCGCAAGCUGUGAGAUGCCGGUUGCGGAUGGAUGGUUGCUGACUGACAAUGACGUGGAACAGUGCGAAUGAACAGUGAGGAAAUACCUUCAGGAGCUGGUGGCAAAGUGUCCGAAAAGACUGCGAACUAAUAAGUGUUGCAGUUACGUUUCCUGACCGGCGGUCCCCGUCGCUAUGCUUGACCAUCGUGUCGAGUGUGGCAUUGUGCCGCGAGUCGCCUUCGAAGUGUCCCAGAGGGAACGGCGACUACAACGCAUCCAACUGAGCCGUCACCAAGAUCUCGAACUGUUUCAUGGUUCGGGAGUCAACUGCCUGUCGCUAGAUCCCAUUGAUGGCCGAUACCUCUUGUCGGGCGGUGCUGAUGGGGGCCUCUGCAUCCAUGACUUGUACUCCGAUUUGGGCAAAACCAAACGCACAUGCAAGGCCAUCUGCAAACUUUCCAAGCACGAGGCGCACAUCUUCUCAGUCUCAUCAGUACACUGGUACCCAUGUGACACCGGCCUCUUCACAUCUUCGGGCAUGGACGGCACCCUUCGAAUUUGGGACACCAACGCGCUCCAGCAGGUAGACUUGGUCCGUCUCAGCGAUCUCAUUUUCUGCCAUCACGUCGAAGUGGCGCAACCCAACCUCUUGGCCGUGGGAUUCAAGAAACCUUGGGUCGUGUUGGCGGACAUGCGAACGGGCAAAGCGUGCCAGCAGCUGCGGGGUCACGCGGCCAGUGCGCUUGCGGUCCGCUGGAACCCACAUACUCCGAACCUUCUGGCCUCGGGAUCCCGAGAUGGUUCGGUGAUCCUGUGGGACGUGAGGAGCGCACGCACCUGCCUGGCAACGUUGCAGGGCCACAAGGGUGGCACGACAGCCAUGACUUUCUUGCCCGACGGCCUGCAACUCCUGACCAUGGGCAGGGAUGGCCGUGUCAAGCUGUGGGACGUGGCGAAGUGCACAUUGAGCAGGGCACACUCGGGACUCGCCUGCUGCAUGUCACCCAUGCAAAUGUCCGCAACUCAGGAGGUGGCCCUGCUUCCAUCCGGCCACUGCCUGCUUUUCAUGAACCUGGUGCGAAAGCAGCCUCUGCAGGCACUCAGCGGGGCUCACUUUGGACAGGCCAACUGCGUGCUCAUCUGCGGCGACACCCUGGAGGCAUUCAGUGGCGCGAACGACCGCACGAUACUCUGGUGGACGUCGUGCGUUGACCGCGAGCAGGCGCUGGACGCCUAUCAGGAAGGCAUGCCAGACUCGUGGAGCGAUGAGGGCGAACCUUUCUGAAGGACUGGGUGGGUGUCCACGAUGGACUAGUUCUUGUAACAAGUGGCAGGACCAGCUUUUUGAAACUAUUGAUGUGUUGUGUCAGGCAUUGUGUGUAUCAAGAAUGAAGCACAAGACAGCAAACUUUUCAAGACAGCCUUGAAGUCUUCACGGCAAUGGAUUCUCAGAAUGGAUCUGACUCUAAAGUGGAUAUGAGGCAGGGCACUGGAAAUUAAAGUGUGGCGGGGAAAGGCUACAUCGUUCGUUUUUUAAUAUAAAGAGUUAUUGCAGACUGCAGCACAAACAAUCUCAUAAGAAGUUGCUUCGGUGCUGGUUUAUGACGUGACAUGCUUACACAGAACUCUAGUGUGUUUGGACUCUUCCUGACCCUGCUGAAAAUUUUUUUGGAUUGCUGCAUGGUGUCGAUGAGAAGUUAGAUUUUUCUUAGUGCUUUUGAGGUGAAACCUCAGCAUCGGAAAUACCAAGAUUUUUGUCAUAGCAACUCGGUAAUAAUGAUGUAUUUCUGUGCGUGACAUUGCUGAAUCAAAAUACAGCGAUAACAGCCUCAUUUUUAUUGAGGGUUGAAUGGAAUAACGCAGUGUAUAACACAUUGAGUAGACGUUAAAAUGAUCUGGCAGUGGAAAUUAAUCCCGUGUCCUCUGCUAUCAAGUUCCUCAUAAAUCAGUUUGCUCUUAUGGUACAUUAACCUCAUAAUAUUAUUUACAUAUUUAAAUGGUCAAGCUCUUUGCCUAUGAGAAAUGGUGUUCGAUUUCUGAAUAAAACAAAAUGAAAGUUUGGCAGGUGUUCUUACAACACAAAAAGGCAGAAGCCUUGCUGCAUCCAUGUAAGGGAAGAUGAGCUGUUACGAGCAGCGGAUAUGUUUGACAUUAAAAUGGACCUUUUGUGCGCCUUA